GUCGUAGCCGUGGUUUCGGUUUCAUAACUUAUUCAUCUGAUGAAGAAGCUGAAGCCGCGAUUCAAAAUAUGAAUGAGCAAGAAUUCGACGGACGAACUAUUAAGGUUGACCGUGCUUCGGAAC